UUGAGCGCGCACACGCCUGCCUGACGUCCUGCUCGACGCCCAGGAAGACAAACGGCGCACAUCUAUCUCCAUAAGUUUUAAAAAUGACGAUCUUUUUGGUGUUUUAACGUUUGUUGACGUGCAUGCGUCGUGCACGUGUCGUUCUGGUGGUAUUAAAAGUAAUAAUGCUGGAUGGUCGGACUGAUGAAGUUCAGUUUGGAUUUCUGCCGGUUACUGGGGCUCAGCGGCUCCAGUGAUGAUAGGCCGGAGGACAUGGACACUGGCACUGAACAGAAUGAAGAUAUGAUCUCGCAGGAUGUGUUAACGGGUGAAGAGGGUCUCAGCGAAGAAGAAAAGGCUAAAAGGAAAGCUGAAAGGCGUAAAGCCAAGAGGAAGCGCCAGCGACAGAGAAAGAAACUAGAACGUGGUAAGAAGGACGAAUGUACUGAGCAGGGGGAGGAGCUUGUCGAAGCCGAUUCUGAGCUCGAAGAGUCUGAAGAGUCUGAAUCUGAGGAAACGGAGGAGAUCAACCUGUCAAAAGUGGAAGAGGAGCCGGUUGCUCCUCAAAAUGAAACUCCUGCCGGGGCUCCACUGGGUUUGGGUUUGGGAAACAAAAGUAAUCGUCAGCUGCCGACCCGCUCCGUUGAAGAGGACCCAGGAUGGGAUGUAAACAGUGCUUUUGUUGCUAAUGCUGUAAGUCACAUUCGGCCCAAAGCCAAAAGUAAAGGAGGUCACAAGUCGAAAGAGAACAAAGAGAACGAGAGCAGAACUGGAGAGGUUAUUGGCUUAUCAGAUGCUAUAAGUAAAAAAAGUGCUUUACUAGUAGAGAAAGGGAUCAGAUUAGUUCAGGAGGGCCAGUACACACAAGCUGUCAGUCUGUUUACCGAAGCCAUCAAAUGUGACCCAAAGGAUUACAGGUUUUUUGGAAAUCGCUCCUACUGUUACUGUUGUUUGGAGCAUUACUCGUUGGCGCUAGCGGAUGCUGAGAAGUCCAUCCAGAUGGCUCCUGAUUGGCCCAAAGGCCAUUACCGUAGAGGAAGUGCACUCAUGGGACUUACGAGAUACAGUGAAGCCGAGAAAGCUAUGGAGCAGGUGCUGAAGUUAGACGGAGACUGCGAAGAAGCUGCAAAUGACCUCUUAUACUGUAAAGUGCAACAACUUAUGGAUCUUGGAUAUGACGAGGAGCAGAGUAUUGAAUUGCUGGACAAAUACAACACUGUGCAGGCUGUUGUUACAGCCAGGGCGUUAAAUCAAGACUGUGCCCUUCUCCAUCCAGGGCUCAUCUCUGUCUCUUAUAACAUCUCUCUUCCGGGAAGUCCUUGCAAUUCCCUGUGGGUGGGAAACGUGACCACAGAACUGACAGAGAAGCAUCUGCGGGACCUUUUCAAACUUCACGGAGAAAUCGAGAGCAUUCGGGUUCUGCAUGAACGCUUUUGUGCAUUCGUUAACUUCAAGAACGCUAACAUGGCCUCCCGUGCGAUGGAGAAACUCAAUGGCUUUCUCAUUGAGAACACUCGCCUGGUGGUCCGAUAUCCUGAUCGACGGAUUCAGAGAGUCAUGCCAACACCUGCCAUUCAACAACCUGCAGGGGCUGCUGGUCCUAGACGCAGAGGUCCUGUCAACGGGGACGAGUGUUACUUCUGGAGGACCACCGGCUGUCAUUUUGAAGAUAGGUGUCGCUAUAAGCACAUUCCUGAAAAUCGAGGCAAGGAUUGGCAGCCUUAAACCAACACUCGCCUCUCUUACCGGCACCCAGAGCUUUGAAUCAUGACUGACGGGGCUUGAACCUUCACUUUGGUAAUCUGUACGUCAGGUACCGCAUGGACCAGUAUUGUGGAUUGGAGUCUUAUGAAAGUUCUCACAAAUCAGAGUUCUUCACUUCAGCGUUAUUAUGUGAAUUUACUGUCAGACUCUGAUGGAGGUUUAAAAGCAGAGCAGAUGGGCUCCUCUUGGGAAAAAGCGUCUCUUAUGAGGUGAGGUUUGGGUGGUGCGGAGGGCCAGAGCAUCGUUGUACCGCAUGAUCGUCUUUUGAGGUUUAUUUAGCCUCUUAUAUUGUAUGUUCUGUUCUUUCUUCCUGUGCCAACACCACCAAGCCAAAGAACAGACGAAGAUCUGCCCUGACGGUUUUUCUUUUUUUUUUUGGUUAAUCCCGAAUUGAAAGACUUUGAUAUAAAACCCUCAAAAUGAGAAUUAAGGAGAGUCGUACCAAAGAAUAAUAUUUUGCCACCUGCGUUUUUUUUAUGUUAGGAUAUCAAGCAGGGAAAAUGAGUUAUAGAUUAGCGUGUGUGUCUUGAUAUUCAUUCGAUUAAACUCAGAUUUCACCUCACACACACACUCCAGGUUUUUAUUCUGCAUGGUGAUUUCUAAUUGGAUAUUUUUAUUCUUUAAAGUGCCCCAACUGUACAACCAACUUUAGGGCACAUCAGUAUUGCAAAAGGUUAGGGCUGUUGUUCAAACCUUACACAGAAAUUAAGUUAUUUUGUCUUCUCAUAGUUUUGCACUUUAAUAUCAGCCAAUGAACUGAUGUAUAUAAAACUACAUCAACUACAGAUGAUGUUCCUCAACAGAAGUGUACGUCUUUAUCUUGUAGCAGACGUUUGGUCUUUAAAGGAAUACUCCACUUUGAUUAAAAAAAGUUCUCAUUUACUCGCCCCCCAUGUCAUCCAAGAUGUUUAUGUCUUUUCAUGUUCAGUCGAGAAGAAAUAUAUAUAUAUUUUUUUAGGUAAACAUUCCAAGAUUUUUCUCAAUUUAAUAGACUUUAUUGGCCCCCAACAGUUCAGUUUUAAUGCAGUUUAAAAUUGGAGCUCUAAACGAUCCCAAUCGAGGCAUAAGGGUCUUAUCGAGCGAAAAAAAAUGCACUUUUAAACCACCACUUGUUUUGCACUAACCGUGUGAAGUGCCAGUGUGACCUUACGCAUUACACAAUCAUGUCACGUAUGACAUAUGUAAAACACACACUUGCCCACCAUUUUAAACAAUAAACUGACACAAAGACAUUAAUUUGUAUCAUUCCACAUAACAACGUCUGAACGCUCCUCUUUCUUACAGAGCCCCUAAGGGGAAAUGGAGACAAAAUGAAAAAAAGUUUAGUUUCGCGUGCGCACGUGAAACUAUCGCGUUUAGUUUCGCAUGCGCGCACAAAACUAAACUUUUUUUUUUUAAUUCUGCACAUGAAGGUUUCACGUGAGCACAUGAAACUUAACUUUUUAGAUUUUUUUACUCCAAUGUCACCUUACGCUGAAAAAAAUGAUUCAUUAAAUUAAAAAAAAAAUUUUAAGGUAAGUGGUUGCAAUCAAUUUAUUUAAGCUACAUUUAAACAAAAAAGAUUAGUAAAGUAAAAUAAAAUAUAAAACUUUUGUUUAAAUGUAGCUUAAAUAAAUUGAUUACAACCACUUACCUUAAAAAAAUUUAUUCAAUUCAAUGAAUAAUUUUUUUGAGUGUAGGGGCUCGGUACUUUCUUCACCUGGGGCGGUAGUUUCGCAUACGUUAUGCAUGACCUUUCGACGUGAUUACGUAAUACGUAAGGUCCCGGCUAGUGCAAGAUGAGAGUGGUUUAAAAGUACUUAUUUUUUAUUUUUCUUGUCGAAAAUGACGAUUGUUUCGGUAGAUAAGACCCUUAUGUCUCAGUUGGGAUCAUUUAGAGUCCUUUGAAUCUGUGUUAAAUCUGUAAACUGUUGAGGUCCAAUAAAGUCUAUUAAAUUGAGAAAAAUCUUGGAAUGUUUCAAAAAAAAAAAAAAAAAAUUCUUCUCGACUGAAUAAAUAAAGAAAUAAACACUUUGGAAGACAGAUUUUUUUUAAUAAAAGUGGAGUAUUCCUUUAAAGUCAGAUUCACGUUCCUGCAGGUUCGGUGGUAUUUUUCCUGUAAAUGUAUUGCAUGCGUGCUUUGUACGUUUGUAGUAUUUCUUUGAUUGCAGUUUAUGUUUUUUUUAUGUAUAAAUUAGUGUUAUCCUAUUCUCUAGUGCAGAAGAUCUUGUUAUUUUAUAUUAUGCAAGAGCUUUUGAAACAUCUGCCUCUUCGCUGAGCUCAGCGUUUUCUCUUGUGUUUCACGUGUUUUGGCUUCAGUGGAUGACAGAAGUUAGUUAAGACUUCAUUGCUCUUCAUGGUUCCUGCUUUACAUCUUGUGCAAAUCGUUUCCAUCAUUAUGGAUCUGACACUUUGGCAAACGUGACCUUGGGUUUGAAUAAAUUUGAAAAGCGUGUCGUGCUGUUUUAUGACACACUUAACCAAAGAAACACUAAUGUUUACCUAAUGUACCACAGCCAAGCACAUCUGCUGUCUUUACAAAUGUGCAUUACACUAUUUACACUUUUCUCUUUCUGCAGUCGGUUUGUAUACAACUGUAUUGUUUUAUAAGCAGUCAGUUCUCACACUAGUGCAUUUGACUUCAUUUAAGGUUUAAAACUUGACAGUCCAGAGUGCCUUACAAAGCAUUACAUUGUUUGAACGAGUUAUUUUAAGCAUUUAUUCUGAAGCCAAGAUAUCCCGUGAAUGGAGGUGCUUUUUUAAGAUGCGAAUCACGGGAUGAACUUGAAAAAUACAGCCAUUGAAACAGUAACGCAUGUCUAGAGAAAUGUGCAUUUUGUUUAUUCUGCUUUAAGGCACCAAGCUGCUGUUUUCAGGUUGAAGGGAAGACCUGUAUUUUCAGAUAAGUUAUUUUUUAUUGUAUUCAAGAGUUUAACAACAUAACCAUUAGCUGCCGAAGAAACACUUUGCAUUAAAUGACCUUUUUUACAGAAAAGGAUGACCUUGUGUUACCUUGCUUUUAAAAUCAAUAACAAAAGCUGAUAUCAGCAGAUAAAGGGCUUCAUGCUCUUUGGAUCACUAUGUUGUAUUGUUUUUUUUUCUGUGGCAUGUUAUGUGAUUCUCAUUGAAUUUUGCAAUAAUGAUUAAAGUAAAGUAUAUAUGUUAUGCUUUGUUUUGUUUUGCUUUCCUUUUAAAUGUCUAUUUAGGAGAAAAUUAUAUAAUAAAUGUAUAAAAACA